AUGGUAAAGGAGAUGAUAGGGGGCUGUUGUGUUUGUUCGGACGAAAGAGGAUGGGAAGAAAACCCGUUGGUUUAUUGUGACGGACAUGGCUGCAAUGUUGCUGUGCAUAAAGGUGCUUGCUCUUGGCGCUGUUUAUUAUUUUUUCAUUGUUCACUGAAGAGAUGUCUCUGAUCGUUUUAUUUUUUUGACCAUCAGCUUGCUAUGGAAUCGUUCAUGUACCUAAAGGACCGUGGUUUUGUCGAAAAUGCGAGUCUCAGGAGAGAAUCGCUCGAGUAGUGAGUUAUAUACUUUACGUUGUUUAAAUGUUAUUAUUGACAGCCCCUGUUCAUGUGAAACGACAAUAUUGAUGAUUGUUUAGCGGAAUCCUUCCCUCAAAAUUAUUGAUAAAAGGAAUUUUGCGUUGCUCUAACAGGGAGAAUUGUCACGAACUUCUUGUUUACAAGUUGGCGUGACCUGCAGGUUGACUUACAUGUAGGUUGUAGAUUUCAUGCUGACAGUUCCAGUUCAGUUAUUCAGAUUAUGUCCAUAGAGUAAUUCGUACGAAGUUUAUCAUUAGUUUAAGAGAAGAGCCAAUCUGUUUUACUUCCUGAUAAUCAUGUACAAGUUGUCAAUUUUCAGUUUGAAUGUUUUUAAAUUUGAAAGUCUAACAGUCUAUUUUUUGUAAUUUUGAAAUAAACAGAGGAAAAAUGGGAAAACUAGGGAUUUGAGAUUUUUCUUGUGUUAUCGACUUAUCGUGUUUCUACCAUAGUCACUAGGACUUGCAUAAUUUAUCUAAUAACCAGUUAAAUUUUUGGCUUGUAACAACGGCCUUGUGUUGCAUGUAACUAACCUUAGAUGGCAUAAAUAUUCAUUGUUUCUUUGGCCUUUAGAAAUGAUGGUUCACUGAGUAAAUAUUGAAUCAAUGAAUAUAUAAUUAACAGUUAUUGGACGAGGCUGAGCCAAAUAUUGUAAUUUGUCAGUGGCAAGCAGAUCAAUAAUUUGCCAAAGCAGAAGGCUGAGGCAAACUUAUUGCGAUCUACCAUUUUCACACAAGAGCGAUCGCAAGAAGCAUAAAAGUGUGGUUUCAUUGACACAUGAGCAGAAUAUUAUUUGCAGCCUGACGCAGCUGGAUGACAUUGCACAUGAGCUGUAAAAAGGCAUUUAUUUAAUUUGUAGUCAUAUUGUGCACAAUCAUCCAAUAAAAAAGGAAGAAAAUUUUGCAUGGAAUGAUAAUUUCAUAUAUUGGAACUGCAAAAUGAAGAAAUAAAUGCAAAGAAACAAUACAAUACAAUAUAAUACUUUGUUCAAGAGAUAAAAACUGAAGUUCCAAAUAUCUCUCGAAAGGGGAUAUCUGGAGGUCAACCCUAUAUAAAAGAUUCCCCAAAAUAAAAGAUGAAAAGGUAAAAUCUAGAAUCUAAAUUAAGAUUAUAUACAGAGAGAAAAAUCUAAAACCUAAAAACUAGAAUAAAAAACAUUAUUUGCACAUCCUAAUUAAAACUAUUUACAAUCGUAUUAAUUAAUAUUCAUAUAAAUCCUUAAUCUGUUGUGAAAUAAAGUCAGCGAUCCUGCAUGUUCAACAUCUUUAGGCAAGUUAUUCCACGCAUUAACAAUCCAUACAAAGAAAGAAUAUUUGUAGCAAUUUAGGAUGGCAACUUUAACAUAAAAAUUGUAAUCGUGAUUAGCUCUAGUUAGAUGACACUUACUAAUUUCAAAAAAGUCGGAAAAAGGAAGGCUAUCUAUUCCAAAAAAUAUCUUGUAGCGCUGAACUAGAGAUAAGAACUCUCUAUGUUUCUCCAAAAAAGAUCAUCGUAGUGAAAGUCAACAAUAUAUACAGUUGUGAAAAGGAAGCCCAAAAAUUUUCUGGCUUUCUUGAGAAAACUGCACAAGCAUUAAUGUUAACUGUCAUAAUUGAAUGAAUAGGUAUAUUCCUUCUAACUUUCUGGUUCUUGAUUUGCUUGCACAGAAAUGUGAGCUAUGUCCAUAUAAAGAGGGAGCAUUGAAGAGAACAGAUACUGGAGGUUGGUGUCUUUAUUUAAUCCUUAAAUUUUUUAUUGCAUUUGACAUCAGGAGAAUGAACCUAAAGUCAAUGACUUGUGUAAAAAGCCUGGGUUAGAGCAUUUACUUUUAGCAGAAAGAAACUCAAUUUUUGGUAAUAUGGGUCCUGUACCAGAUACAUAGAUUAUAUUUCAAAGACAUUGGAAUCCCCAUUCCCAGAGCUUGUCCUUUUUUAUAUGUAAGUUGCAUAAACUUUGAAAUGAUUGCUUUGACACUUUUAAAAACAUGUUCAGUAGUGCUAGAUAGAUAAUGUCAGAUAUGCUAUCAUUUUUCUAUAACUUGUGGUAUGUUCAAUAUGCAAUUCUUCCACCAAACACAAUUAGAUACUGCCCGUUUUUCUCUCUUCGCAUUAUCCAUUUCCCUGUCUCUCCCCUUCUUCCAAGUACGAUCAUCAUUACCCUAUUUCCUCAAAUAAGCGCCGGGGGUGAUUAUUUCUUUUUUUGAACAAAAAGGGGGAGAUUUUUCGAGGGAAGGUGAUUAUUUGCGGAAGGUAAUAAUAUUAUUCCAAAUAUUGCUCUCUGAAAGUCAUUUGUUUUAUUUUGUCAUUAAAUGAAAAAAUAAUCACAUUGAAUUAACUGAUCAUGGGCUUUUUAAGUGUUCCAAAUUUAGUUCCUUGAUUAAUUUUCAUAGCUUGAAUCAUCACUGAUCAGUCUGGCAUGAAUCACAUUGCACUUCAACUUGACAGGGAGGGGAUAAAAGGAAGAGAAGAUGAUGAGAGGAGCGGCGGGGAGGCGAUUAUUUUAAAUAUCUCUGUCCAAGAGGGGUGAUUAUUCAAUGUACACGAUUAAUCGAGGGACAGCUAUUAUUUGAGGAAAUAUGGUAUCCUCCAAUAAAUCAACCAACUUUGAAAUAAAGGCUUUCCUUUUUCUACAAAGAUCCAUGGUCAAGUUGAGUUUAGGCCAGUUUGUUGACGUGGCCUUCAAGCAAUAGAAACAUUUUCUGUGUUUGCAUAGCCUGAUAUAAACACUAGACUGGGGUUGGGAGAAUUCGAGACAGUUUUGCAAACCCAAGACGAAGUCUAGGUUUUGUUUAACUAUUGAGAAUUCCCCCAACCCCUCCUGUGCUUUUAUUAGGCUACGCAAAUACAGGAAAAAAGUUUUCUAUUGCUUUUAUAUAUUAACUUUCCCAAGAAAAAAAUGCAAAACUAAGCCCUAGGAUUUUGCACUAAUGAUUGCUUUUGUACCAUGUUGUUACCGUGAUCUUGAAAUAACGGAACCAAAACAUAGUUUCCCGGUGACAUAUCCUGAAACUGAUGAAGAGGCCCAAAUCUCUUUUGUGAAUAGACAAGAUCUGUGGUGAACAUUUCAAGCGAGUUUACUUCUUCAGUUGGAUCAAAGAGGAGUCUGGGGCUUUAGACACUUUAAUGCACACACAUUUAGCUCUUAAAUUGAUAAUUUUAAUAGACAUUGAAAUGUUUUUGUAAAGAAUAAUACAUACUGAUGUGCUUAGCCUGCAUAGCAGGCGCUUGGAAGUAGCGGGCGAAAGAGAGAAUGGGCGCGCGCGGGGGAGACACGCAAGGGGUGAGGGAGCGCCUGCACAGAAGGCCCCCGAAAAUCGUUUCAACUCACACUCUGUGAGUGCAGAUAUUUCCAAUUGGUCGAGAGGCUCCCGAAGGAAAAAUUACCCUGCGGGGCGAGAAAACUGUCAAUCAAUAGUACAUGGACAACGUAGUGAAGAUCUUGCAUUACACCACUGGGUCCUGAAACCACUAAAUUGUAUACAAUCGAAGUUCAGGUCUCGGAGGUCACUUCAAUCUGGUUUAAUGGGACUAUGUGGCUGUAAUCUCAAAGAAAAGUUGGAGUGUUCAAAUGGUAUUCACGAUGGAAAGAAUUGACAUCGGAUACGCAUCAACAGAAGUGGCGAAUCGUUGCAAUGAAGAUCAGAGGAAAUAAUUAUUCUUUGCUCAGGAGAACUUGGCGGCUUGUGUUGUCGAUGGAGCGUAUACCAUCAAAACUUGGACAUGAUUGAUGAAAUGAAACACUUAAUACCAGGGGCAUGAAUUUGAAAAAAACAUUUCACUAUAGUAUUAUUCGCCGUUCGAAGGCGACCUGAGGUCUGUUGUUUAUGUCUCAUUACUACAGUAGAAAACAUGUCGGUACAGUUUGUGUUCUGAGGUUUAGGUCCCCCUUAGUAAGACAUGUCUGCUCCAAAAACGGCUGCCAGUUAGCGCAGUAAAAGCAAUAUGGUCAUUUUCCACUUACGCUGUGAUCGUUGGUGUCUGGCCAGAACAUUAUUUUUAGAUUUUAUAAUACACAGCAUGCAUUCUUUAAAAGAUACCCAGUUUUUACUUUGUUAUUUCCUAUUUAUUGUGCCCAUGUUAAAAAACGAUGUAAAGCUGUGUGUUAACCAUCAGUUUAUUGCUCCAUCGCUCUAUAAUCAGAUAACCCAGCUGAUCUUUAUAACAGAUAUAUUUAGACCGAAGAUAAAAUGUACAGCAUUUUUUGGCAGCUUGCUUUGUUUGUGCAAGGUCAGUCAUUUUCUGUCAAAACUUUUGACAGAUCACUCAACGGCUGCCAAGUAAUUAGAGAGGGGGCGGGAAACGAUUUUCGGGGACCUUCCGUGCAGGCGCUUCCUCUCCCCUUGCGUGUCUCCUUCUCGCGCGCUCGUUUUUUCUUGUGCCCACUACUUCCAAGCACCUGCUACGCAGGCUAUGAUGUGCUUUAAUUUUAAAGUAUGUUUAACAACGUAUUUCUGUUCUUUAAAAGAAAUAAAAGUGGUUUCCCAUGAAUUUUCACAGAACCAAAAAAUUGUUACAGUUGGUUUCCCACGAUCUCUGGGCACGGAACCAAAAGAUUGUUAUCCAUGUGAUUUGAAAUCCUAGGGCUUGCAAAACUCUUUUUAAAUGGCACUGAUUAAAAGAGAAAUUCUUACCAGUCAUGAAGUCUUGUACACAAAUGCUUGCUCACAUAAUCAGUUCUAUUUUUGCGAAAAAGGUGCUUUCCAAACUAUGGAUUUUUCUAGCUUGAAAUGUCAGCUUAAUCGAAAAAAAAAAUUGACACAUUUUCCAAGAUUCAGCCAACAAGGGAAUGGGUAAAUAAAGUAAACUUGUCAAGUUUUCUAGUCAAAAACUUUUUCAAAUUUGUGCUUGCGUAAUGUGGCUUAAAUACGAUCAAUUGUGACUGGCUGAAUGUGUCUUCUUUUUCCAUGCUAUCAAGCUUUGAAGGACCAAAUGUACCUCUCUACAUGAAAGCCUUUAUACUCUGAUUGGCCUUUGUGCAUAAUGAGAACAUUGUUAUGUCGGCAUACAAAUGUACAGUUGUAUGUAUUCAAGUUACCUUCCAGUAACUUUUUGUAUGUGUUAACAGGCUGGGCGCAUGUUGUUUGUGCACUAUACAUUCCUGAAGUGAGAUUUGGAAAUGUUACAACAAUGGAGCCAAUAAUUUUGGCCUCAGUGCCACAUGAUCGCUUCUGUAAGGUACUGCAAACAUGUUUAUUGUGAUCCAUAUUAAAAUAGACUAAUGCAAAAAAUUCUUUGUACUCAAUUUACAACUAAGUUAGCAAGUCAAAGAAAUUGACUUGUCCAAGAUUUCCUAGGUAGUGAUGAAUAAUGUGAGGCACCAACUUGAAACUUGGACGAAAGUGCUCAGUUGUGGUUUUCUUUAUUAAUUUGGCUCCUUGUGAAUGCUCAAGGUUUAUCCAACCUACCACACCUCCUGUAAGCCUCCCAUAUUCUCUUUUCUGAUAUGCUGUUGAUGGGCAACUCCAAGUUUAGCAUUAAAAGGACAGUAGGGCCAUUUAUACGAGGAAAAAUAAGACGCGUCUUACAUAGGACGCGUCUUAAAUAAGACGCGAACUUUCCGUGUAAACGGCACAUUUCAUCUAAAAUAAGACGCAGCUUAGCUAAGACACGUCUUUUUUUAGAACAGCCCUUAACACCUGUUCUUAGAUAAGAUGCGUCUUAGCUAAGACGAGAAAAACUUCGUAUAAAUGACCUUCACGUCUUAAAUAAGACGCGAACGCAUAGUACGCAUGCGUUAAAUUUUGGCGCGCCAUGUUGGAUUGCCGUUGCUACGGGCAACAUUUACAUGAAAACGAGUCAAGAACAGAAAUAAGACUUGAACCGUUUAUACGAGCUGUUCUCGUCUUAUUUUUCCUCGUAUAAAUGGCCCUAAUGUGAUAGGACAGAGAUUGUGAUGACAGUGUGUGCCAUCGUGCCCAUGCUCUUGAAUGCAGGGCUGUCAAAAGUAACUAGCUGCCGGCAAAAAUCACUGCCUACUUGUUACUAUUGGCCGGCUACUCUACUUUGCAUUUCUUUACAGAUGGCAUUUUUUUAAAUAAAAUAUCCCUGGACUGGCCACUUACUUUGACAACUCAGCUGUCUACCUCAAAACUUUCAGACAACCCUGUGAAUGGGUCCUUUUAUGAUUUAUUGGUAACAGAACAUCAUUAGCUUGUAUUCAUUAAUGAGCGAACCUUUGUAUGUUGUACAUGUACUUCUAGGGUAAUUAACAAAAAAUUAAGGGGAACAUUCUUGUGAUAUUCCUUGUUUAAAGAGCCUGUUCAAGAUGUAUAUCUUCUGGUGAUCAGUUUAAUUUAUCCUUACAACUCUUCUUUUUUUGAUUAAGCAGAAAUACUGUUUGUGUAUUACAUGUAUAAGGAAAAGGAAAAUUAGAUGCUGGUAAUUUUCUGCAUUCAAGUGGAUUAAUGUGAUCCUUCCAGUUGGUUUAAUUUGUUUGUUAUAUCUUUGCAUUUGUCAUCAGACUUGCUAUAUUUGUGAAGAAAGAGGAAGAGAGAGUAAAACAGCACAUGGAGCCUGUAUGAACUGUAACAAGACUGGCUGCAGGCAUGCUUUCCAUGUUACUUGGUAUGGCUUUGUGUUGCUUAUCUGGCAUUAAUAAAUUUUUCCUUCUACAUAUAUUAUGCACAGGUUGUGAGUAAAUGUGAUUCCUGUUCAUAGUUGUCAUAUACACUGUACUGUGUUGGAUUUUAGUGCUCAGAGCUCUGGCUUGUUAUGUGAAGAAAAUGAUGGCCAGUCAGGACCUACUGUCAAGUAUGUUGGUUAUUGUCAGUUCCAUUGGAACAAAAAGGUACUGGUUUUGUCUGUUGAUGUUUUAUUGAUUACUUAGCUCUUAUUAACCGAGUGGCAGGUCUGUAUGGGAGAAUCUUGAGCGAGGUCGCUAGUACAGACGGAACGCAGUGAGGUCUGUACCAGCAACCAAGGUCAAGAUUCUCCCAUACAGACUGACCUAGUUCGGUUAAUAAGAUGUUAUUAUGUGGCCAAACAAGAAAGCAAAGGAACAAAAACAUCAAUUGCGACUUCAUCUUUGCUUGUAGCUUCCUCGGAAGGACUCAAAUUUGCCAAUGUUUGCUUGUUUUCUUUACCUGCUUCCUCGUGAAGGUCCACUGAUUCUUCCAUUUAGUAUUAUUAACAGGCACAAGCCAAUUUUUUGAUAUUCUUUGUUUGUAACGUUUUGAGGACAACUGUUACAACAAGACCGGUCUAGAUGCCGGUGUAGAUGGGAAAAUCUAGACCGCGGUCAAAAUCAAUUUUAGCCAAUCAAAUUCUUGAAUUUGUUUGUUCCCAGUCCUUUUGAGACAUGGCCAAAAAAUAAAUACCACUCUUAUUAACCUCAUCAGUUGGAUCAUUACAGGUCAAUCUCGGACCGAGGCCUUGUAUCUAUAUUAAUUAAUAUUAUUAAUUUAUUAAUGAUAGCAAGGUCAAUACAUCAAUGCCUCAGUCUGGGAUUUCCCUGUGAUGACUGAAUGGAUGAGGUUAAUAAGUUAUUUAUUAUAUGGUAUUUUUAGUGCAAUAAUGUAGAACACCUGAAGUAAUUGAGCCUGUGAUCAAUCAAAGCCAAUAACUGGUCAGCAGAUAACUUAAAAAACACGUCGCCUCAGUGCGUUUUACACUUGACAGGGUUUGUAUAGAGUCUUGAAUUCUUGAAAAAGUCUUGAAAUUUGCCCAGUAAUUUUCCAGACCUGGAAAAAGUCUGGAAAAUGGAGAGAAAGUUUGGGAAAAUGGUCUUGAUUUUUUCUUUCACAGCUACAGAAGGUGCUUUAUGAGUACAAUUUUUUUCUAUUGGUCAAAUCUUAUUCAAUCUCGCCUGUACAUUUGCAGGGCAUCAUGAAAAAAGCUUUGUUCCUGCUUCUUUUAGGUUUCUAUUGAUCACAUUUUGAUAAACUCGAGUCUGGAAAAAGAAAGUAUUGUUUUGGAAAAAAGUCUGGAAAAAGUCUUGAGUUUCGGAUCCAAAAAUCUGUACGAACCCUGACUUCAGCCCAUCAUACAGACAUGUGACAGUGUUCAGCGCGUACCCUUUUUUGACAGCUAUCAAUUGACCAUAACAUAGAUGUCCACUAUCAAAUUAAACACAGUCGAUGACUGCAUAUGCCUUUGACACCUUGCUUAUAAUGAUGAUCUCUGGUCAUUACAAGUAAAUUUUGUUCGCUCAGCGGCCACGAACACUAUUGUAGCCAUGUAAUAGCGUGCGUUAGAAUUUUUUGGCAUUCAGGUGGUUAGUUCCAUAGUACUAUAAAAUUUUUUUAAGAAUAAAGAGGGCAACAUUGGGUUCAGCACACAAAUUUAAGGCCAUUUAAUUUUUCCAGAACGAGCUUAAAACAGUACAUGUAUAGAAGGUCAGUGAACCCUUGGGUGCAAUGUCACUUACAUAUCCUGUCUAGGGGAUAGAUGUUGUUGGUAAAAUCCAGAGCUGUAAAUUAGGCCAUAACAAGAUUCACCUUUACGGCUGAGCUGAGUAGGUGACACUAAAAAAAAAGCACUUUAUUUGAGUGUCCAUGUAUUUAGCACGAAAGUGCUAAUUGGGGACACUAUUUUUACGUCUCCUAAUGGAGACGGGACCGCCAUUUUACGUGGUCAUCCGAGCCACGCGAAGGUCUCGCCGUCUGCAGGGCAAAGGAAGUACCUUCAUUUCUCAGUUAUUGGUCCGGCCCCGGGAAUGGAACCCGCGACCUCCCGCUCUGCAGUAAAGCGCUCUAUCGACUGAGCUAAUCCUGCCGCGGUGUCGUGGUUGGAAAAUCAUUAUUGCCAAUGUGUCUAGUUUCACAAUAAAGCUCUUUGAUGCACGAGUGAUUACCAAAAAUACAAGUACAGUACUUCCCCAUCCCUCUGCCUCCAAAAGGAAAACUAUAUUGAAAUCCAGCGGGUGUCCUAAAACCUGGUUUUAAGUGUAUUUGUUGUUGAUAAUAAAUUAGUUUUGUAAUUCCCUAACAGGCCAAAGGCAUUCUUUUCAACACCAAACCAACAGACAAACCAGGAAAAAUAACUGACAAAGAAAAAGAAAAGGACAACAAAGAAAAAGAGAAAGUUGAUAAAGAAAAAGAAAAAGAGAAAGAGAAACCUAAAAACAAGACUGAUAAAGAAAAGGAAAAGAAGCCUCCCAAGCCGAGACUUUCCACUGGCGCUGCAGCGGCAUCUACCGAGCAGUCAACACGACCUGAAAACGGUGCUUCUGGUUCAUCAAGUCAGCCCUCUACGCCAAAACAGAGAGGUAGAAAGCCUUCGACUGUGAAAGCAUCAACUGAGUCUCCAGAUGCAAAGACAACACCAGAGACGCAAAAACCUGCGAGCAUUUCAAGCGGUAGCCCACGACAGUCACCCUUGCCAGGCUUGGUACAGUUACCUACGGAACCUGUUCAAAUUGAUAGUGCUGGUCCAGUGUUGUCCACCAAGGACGGUCCAGUGUUGUCCACCAAGGACUUGACCUCUCCGAGAGCAAUGUCAUCCUCAGUGCUUGUUCCAGAAAUGAUUCCUAAAACGGUCACCACUCACUUGCAAGAAAUCUCUCGGACUGCCACUAAUGUUCUUUUUCCUGAGAUAACGAAACCAAUGGACGUGAUAAUGUCACCUGUGACAAGUACACCCAAACAAACGCCAAAACAGCCUGCGGCAAGUAGUGUCCCAAAACAACCUGUGGCGAGUAGUGUCCCAAAACAGCCUGUGGCGAGUAGUGUCCCAAAGCAACCGCCAGCAAGCAGUGUGCCCAAGAAACGGCCUGCUAACAAGGGUGGUGAUGAACCGAAGAGAAAAGUUGGCAGACCGCCCUUGAAAUCUAAGGCAAAUGCUUCAACCGGAGAUCAUAAGAAUAACGUUCGUACUUCUGCCGCUAACCUGGUGACGUCUCCCUUGAAUACAGCAUUUCCCUCUACCUUUCCCCAAGAUUCUCAAGGAACAUCCACGGCAAUGCCUUCAUAUCCCAGCUUUUCAAGCCCGGGUAUGUUCAGUGGGAGCAACCAAGGGACCAGUGUUCCUCAGAAUGGUCCCCGGACGCCAAGUCCUAAUCCGUAUAUGAUUCCACAGCCCCGCAACAGAGGACUGUUGGAAAAUGGGCAUGUACAAAGACCCAAUAAUGUGAACCCCGGCCCCUUGUAAGUAUCUGAAAUACAAAUAGCUGCAGGAGGGUCCAUGGGCAUUCUUUUUUAGGUUUUAUUUAGCGUGAUUUCAUUUAGGUGGUGUUUACAUGAGAAAACUCGCACCAGCGCGAGUCUCAUACCGGGAUGACUUUUUGAUUUCGUAUCGGAUUUACAUUAUGACUGAGUCAUUUAAUAUCUCGAAAUUUGAAGGUACACUUCAUGUUGAUAAAAUAGACGUGUGAUUCAAAAUCGCAAACAUUGCGCAUGCGCUACCCGUUCCAGUCUACCGGCAGACCGAUUUCACACCGAAACGGGUGGUCGUUUCGCGUUUACAUGAUACCGCUGCAAGAUUUCGUACCGGGGUGAAAUUCUCGCCCCGGUAAAAGAACCGGGGUGAACUCACGCCGGGGUGACUCGUGUCGGCAUGACAUUUUGUGGUAUCAUGUAAACAAAUAUAGAGCCAUGAGAGGGAACAGGAGUGAACUCGUUCCGGGGCGAAAGUCGCCCUGGUGUCAUGUAAACACCACCUUAUUAGUACAAGUGUGGGUAUUAAAGGAUAUGUGGAACAAUAGCCUGAGAAAACAAACGAAAUUUUGGGAAGCCACCUCUGGUUUUCUUGCGAAAUAAUGUCUGGGGAACCACUGGAGAAAUUCCAUACUGAUGGCGUGUCACUCCCCGGUCUGAUUGGAUAAAGCAAAGGUUCAACUAAUUAUUAGAACAAGGUUCGUAAAGAAUCUUGAAUUCUUGAGAAAGUCUUGAAAUUUGCCCAGCAAUUUCCAGACCUGGAUACAGUCUGGAAAAUAGAGUUGGUAGAAAAUGGUAAAAGUCUUGAGUUUCUGUUUUGUUUUGUUUUGUUUUUUGAAAGCUACAACAAGUGCUUAAUCAAUGAAUUUGUUUUUGUUUUGGUCAAAUCUUAUUCGAUCUCGCCCGUCUUUUUGCAGCGCAUCAUGAAAGAAGCUUUGUUCCUGCGUUUUAAGGUCUCUAUUGAUCACCUUUUUGAAGUCUGGGAAAAGAAAUUAUUGUUUUGGAAGAAAGUCUUGAAUUUUGGAUCAAAAAGUCUGUACGAACCCUGUUAGAAGUAGCGACGCGUCAUAAGUAUGGAGUUUCUGAGCUCGUUUCUCAGACGUUUUUUGUUGUCUGUUUUCUCAGACAAAAGAAAUUCUAAAAAUUAAUGUCGAUAUUUUUUACAUCUGAUUUUUAGUUUUCUUGGGAGCAAAAGGGUUGAUUAUUGUAAUUAUUUUUCCCUUUCUUUGCAGGCAGCUUCCAACGAGUUUGGAGGAACUGCUAGAGUAUCAGUGGGAUCAGGGAGCCCAGUUUCUUAUGCAACAGGCCUCCCAAUAUGAUGGUAAGAAUUGCAUACAAGAACGUCUGACAAUAUCGGAAGGGGUCUGUCAUACAGCUAUUUCGAGAAAAGUUGUCGGAAAAAAUGUGCACGCGACAAUCCCGAAAGGUAAUAUGGGAUAUGAUCAACACACUGAUCCUGGCGCUGUAGCUGCCGAACCUACUUUUUUUGCUUUCCUUUAGCACUCACAGACAUAUGUCCAUGGCCUCUCCUGCCAUUCUAUCAAAUUUCUUUGAAAAAAAAGUGAACUCAAAACCACCCACAAUACCUUUCGGGUUUGUCACGUGCUAUUUAUCCGACAACCUUUCUCGAAAUAGCUGUAUAUGUCUUUAUGUGGAACCUUACCAAAUUAUAUUUGUAAGUAUCAGUGUAGUAAAAUGAGGAAACGCGUAUCAUUCAAGUAAAUAGUAAACUUUCAAGGAUCAAGGAUGAUUUUCAAGGGCCAAUUUCAAAUGACAAACCGAGAAGAGUGAAGCCAAAAUUUUACGCAUUUUCUACAUUCUUCUCUUCAGAUGACGGCGUAUUUUGGAAAUACCCUAUUUUGUUAGUCCAGUUUCUUUGAGAUUCAGGAACCAUGUAACAUACCUUGUAAACUUCAAUUUUUGGACAGUAGAUGCAACACCAGACAUGAAAGAAAGUAUUGAACUCACGACCUUCUAUUACAACUCUCUAACCACUCAAUCUGGGCCAGGUAGUGAGAAUGAAGUUAGGUUUCAAUGUUGUGAAGGUACCGACAUGUAAACAACGAAUGUUGUAGGUGGAAGUGUAGUUUUAUGGCUCUUUCGUAUGCGUUUUUUUGCAGUUGCUUCACUGAUGUCCAGUCUUCAUCAGCUGAAAGCUGACAACACUCGCCUCGAGGAGCGUCUCGCCUCCUUGACAAACCGGAAAAACCAGUUACUGCAAGUCAACGCUCGACUAGCCACGCCCAUGUCUUGCACAAGUACAAACCUAACAGUCACUCCCAGUGUGGUGAGUCAAUCCACUCCAACCUCCUCUAGAGCUGCAACGGCCGCAUCACAAGGGUCACUAUCCACUGAGACAAAAACGACCCAGAGCCUUGAAGGACCACGUGGAACCAUAAAAGCAGGGGCUGACGGGGCACCUAAGCUGAAAGUCUCUCAAAGUUCUGAUGGGGGAAAGGUCCCUUUAGUUAGUGAGGGCAAGGCCCCCAUGAGCGCCAAUGUUAAGCCAGGGAGCAUCACUGGAGGUAAUCAUCAGUGUUAAAUAAAUUUUCCAAGGUGAAAUAUAUACCUCUAGCCGAUUUUUUAAAAACCAACCUAGCGAAAUUUGCCGUCAUUUGAGUGAAAAGGCGUCGGAAAGCAAAUUGUUUGGGCCUUAUAAACUCCAAAAUCACACUAACGAUGGAAAAGGAACGGAAAAAAGAAAGAGCGAGGAGGAAGAAAGGAGAAGAGGAGAAAAAAGCGAUGGUUGCACUCUUAGUUAUUGUAAUGGCUACUUUGGGGAUAGUUUUGGACGAACUGUUGGACGCAAAAGGUCCAUUUGGUAACGCCAGCCUGAUCACCCCUGAGUUCAGUGUGCGAAACGAAGUCCUAUAACCAAAUUAUUGUGUCAAUACCAAACGGUGAGAUUCUCAUCAGUGGAAUAAUAUAUAUAUGUUAACAAUGGUAACAAACCUCAGUACCCUGAUUGCCAGAGAUAUUUCUUGCACGGUUUCAGGUUUCGGUCAAACCGAGGAGUUUUAUCUUCGCCGCUCGUGGCUUCGAUCCUGCUGCGCUCGUUAAAAUUAACCUCUUGUUCUCAGGGUAAAACAAACGUCUUUAAUUAUUACUUUUUUAUCAGGCGAACAGAGAAUGGUAAAUGGAGGAGUAGUCAAGGAUAACAAGACGAAGGAGCCGCAAGUCAAGCGCCCGGAGACGAGCUUUAGUUCUGUACAGGGCAUUUCCUCGUCUUCUCCAUCCCCAACUUUACAGAAACAAUCUCUCAAUGUAGGUAGCUUGGUUCUGCAGCAGCCGAAGACAAACUCUCCUCAACAGAUUCAGCAGGAAAAGCAGUUCAAGCCGACACAUGUAAACGCCACAUUACAGCCGAUUAUGGUCUCAUCGCUGGCCACUUCGAAGCCCGCCCAACAACAACAACAACAGCAUCAGCAACCGCAAUUACAGCCACGCUUUCAGCAGCAAAAAAUAAUCCUCCCCCAGCCGUCGCCCACAAGCGUAGCAUUUUCGCAAGCACAGCAAACGCCCAGUCAACAGCACGUCCUCCUACAGCUUAUAAAACAACAGGAGGACCACCACCGCUUGCCCAACCAGGCCACAUUCGGCCUGGACAAACAACAACUAGGGACCCAACAAGCGCAGGCCGCAAAGUUGUUACCCACCACGGGUCCAAAUCAGGGACACUCACUCUCGCUUUCGUACCCUGGGUUUUUGACAUUCACGGAUCAAAUGGCACUAAGUGGGGCCCGCGUGGACAUGAUGAAAGCCACACACUUAGCGCCUCUUUCCAUGGUCUCCUUAGACGGUAGUCAAGCGGGGACUAAGGACCGUGCUCAGGUAUGCGUAAUAAAUACAUUUAAACCCCAUUUACACGCGCGAAAAAAAUCGGCACUACACGCCAAAUUUUUGGCACCCUGCGUCUUUGCCCGUGCCGAGACUACCUCCGGGAGGUAGCGGGAGGUAGUCUCGGCAUCCCUAAAAUUUUGAGCUCUGGUGCGACAUUACAUUUGAGACCGAUAGGUUUACACGUCGAAAAUUGGGAGUGCCGUGCCUUAAAAUCGUCAGCACGGUGCCAAAAAUUUGCCGUGCCUUGCCGAUUUUUUUAGCGCGUGUAAAUAGGGUUUUAGUUACACUGGGCUCUUAGGCAUCUUGAGAACCCGAUACUCCGGCUUAAGAUGAGCACCUUAGGUUGAUAUUUGUCGCUCUCUAGUCAUGAGGGAGCUUUAGCAACCGCGACUCUGGCGACGGCGACGAGUCUCAGAUCCAGGGUUAUAAAUAGAGAGCUUUAGAUUUGAUGACGAGUACGAGUACGAAAUUUAACUUAAAGUUUUUGCGCAUGUUCUCAAAAAAAGACACCCUGGAAAGCUUCAUUUCACUUUUUUUUCCCCUGAAGGAUGUUAAGCCCUCUCCCGAUAGCAAAAUGAUAAAACUUCUCACAUUUGAUAACUUGUUCCUGCCACUACGACAUUCUCGCUAUAACUUGUGGUAGAAUAACGACGGCUAUCACGUUUAAAAUGACGCAAGUUCACGCUUAAGCAAUACUCAGUGUUCAGAAAAUCUCGUACUCGUAGUCGUCCUCGUCUCAGAAUCUAAAGCUCUCUAUUACUGUAUGAUAACGGAACAACUAGAGAACAUCUCGCAGGAGAAAUAGACUGUUUUUAGUCUCAAAAAAUAAACUGUCUUGCCCAUCAAAAUAUCGUAGCACCGAGAAAACAGGGGUUUCGUUUCAGGCCGAACGCCGGACGCCGGACGCAACGUCCGGUUGUUUGACAUGGAACGUCCGGUAGUUCACACACGAAAUAAUUAUUUUUCAAGUGUGAAAAUCGUUUUUUUCCAUUUUUUAACCAAAGAAAGACUUGACCCUUAUUUUGCUCACUUAGUUAUGUAAUGCACACAAUCGAAAAAAAGAGGUUAUUGCUGUCAUACACAUGUAUAUUUUUUUGUGAGCAUUUUUUAACGCCUUAAAAGACCUUCCUGGUUACCCAAUUGCGGUCGAGGGAACGCAGGAAAUUGCGUUUUAGAGAGUCCAAUUUUACAAAUUUCCCCGGGUGGCAUGCCCCGGACCCCCCCCCCCCCCGGGAGUUCGUGCCUCUGGCACUCAACGUUCGCGCCAGCGGCGUGAACGACGCACGUCUGCCAGCUGAACCACUGCCUCCGGUACUUCCAAAUGCUGCCGAAAACCCUGAGAAUACCUGGAGCAAUGAUUAGCAAAGUUGGUUAUUGCGCGGCCUUCUGUGAGGACGGUUCCGAGUUGGUUUCCCAGGUGUUACCUCGUUGUUUCGACGUCUUUCCUCGCCGAGUAGCUGAAAGUAGCUUUGAAUACCCGUAAACACUGAUGGAGAGACGGGGGUAAAAUGGGCACUCCGUCGGCCUCAGGUUUGUCAGUCAAAUGUGUACUGUACGAGUUACCCACGUAAAAUAAGAAACUUUACCCCACCUUAACAUUGUUUUAUCUUUCCAUCUUACAUUGUUUUCCUUUUUUCUUUCUUUCUUUGCAGUAUUUCGACCUGGACAAAAGUUCAAAUUCCUUGGAGAAAACUUCGAGAAAUGGGUAGCGGUCUUUCAUCAAUCGUCAUAAUUCAGAGGGAAAUAUCGACUAUCUGCUGUUCCGGGAACAUGUAUCUUAGAACGAACAGUAAAAUGCCAACAAAGAAAACUCCAACGGAUCAGUGAAAGCGUGAACAGUACGAACGUAACACUGGCCGUUGUUUUGGCUGAUGAGAACAAUGUACAAUACGGUUUUUAUCGUUGCUUAACGAAAUUGGUUCUCUUUAGAACAUGUUAUUUCGGAAGUAAAGUAUAGAAUGAGGCCAAUUUUAUUGAAGAGCUUACGCAAACACGACAGCGACAGCAGCGAGAACGGUUAAUAAGCAAUAAGUUUAAUGAGCAAAACAAUUCUGCACAUGCAUCCCACUUCUUGGUAUGUAUCUUUGCCUUCACUGCACGACAACGAAGUAAAUCUUCCUAACAACACAUUUUAUGACGGACAUAAACGCAAGGAGACGAUUUUUGUUCUAAUUUUUCGAAUUUGGAUACAAUCCUUUUAGAACUCGAGUCCAGAAAAGUUCGCGUAGAGAAAAAUUCGGGAGGCGAGUUAGAGUAAUCGCAAGGACGUUUGAAACACAGGAGUCCUGUUUUUUUGUUCUGUUACCGUCGUGGUUGUUUAAGGAGCUGUACGUUACGUCUUCUGAGCAAGAAGUCACCCGAACAUUUCUGUUCUACUCGCUCAUUUUUGUACAGUUAAUCUGUUAUCAUUCACCUGAAACAUUUCCUGUCUUUCUCCUUUCUAUUUAUUUGACUACUUUCUUUGCCAGACUUCUCGAUUCUAGAGUUACAACAUGUCUUUUCGCUCAAUGUCAAAGGGAGAGAACAGCUUUCUUCUCCCUUUUCCAUCGCUCGCUUAUUGUAUUAUUCAUCUUAUCACUUCGUCCUUUUUCAAGUUUAUACAGCUUGUACAUAAAAUGUAUUCACUAACAUUUAUUUCCCUGGGUUUAGCUUUUGUAUAAACAAGACACAUUACCUAAAGACUGUUUUUAUGGUUUUUAUUUGAAACAGCCGGGUAGUUAAAUCAAAUGCGUACAUGUAGCCAUUUGCCACUUUAGAAACCAGAAGGAAACUGGGCCGAGUUGACUUUCGCAAAGACUUCUGGGCUGGUCACAAGGGAAAGGGAAAAAAGGCCAACAGCUGACCGGCGCAACUAUCCCAGAAACAAUUACGGGGCGCAUUUUGGCGCCAGUUGCCUUCUCGUUUCUAUAAGUGGCGAAUUCAAACCAAGGUCACUGAGCAAAAGCAGUGUCUCUGUGUGUCGCUGUUUAUUGUGCUUUUCACUCGGGGUAAAAAAAAUCCAAACGUUUGACGGUCCAAUAAAACUGAUUUAAGUACUCUCCUUG